UACACUAACGGGACACAAAAUCAAUGGACAUGACAUUUUGACGCAAAGCAUUGACAUUGACGGCACUAAGGAAGAUUAGAUUAGUUUACUCUUUGGAAGGAAGGAAGACGACAGCAGCAGAAAUAUAGGAAAGCUGUACAAAGUCUACAAACAAGGAAAAACAAAUCAACCAUGGAACCGAACCCCGUAAUUAUUGCAGCUACUGCUAAACAAACAGCAUCUCUUAUAUUUUUACAUGGACUUGGUGACACUGGACAUGGCUGGGCAAGUACCAUUGCUGCUAUAAGAGGUUCCCAUGUCAAAGUAAUUUGCCCCACUGCUUCAACCAUGCCAGUUACACUGAAUGCAGGAUUCCGUAUGCCUUCAUGGUUUGACUUGAGAACUCUUGAUGCUACUGCUCCUGAGGACGAAGAAGGAAUAGUGCGAGCCACAACUUUAGUUCAUGGGUUGAUAUCAGAUGAAAUUAAGGCUGGUAUUCCUGCUAAUCGUGUUCUGCUGGGUGGGUUUUCCCAAGGCGGAGCCCUAGCGCUCCACGCCGCCAUGACGUACCCGCAGCCCCUGGCUGGUGUCAUGUCGCUCUCCUGCUGGCUGCCAAGACAUGCUCACUUCCCUGAUGCUGUUAAAUCACCUUUAGAUUUGCCUGUAUUCCAAGCCCAUGGGGAUUGUGAUCCUGUUGUUCCCUACAAAUGGGGCCAAAUGACCGCGUCGUUCCUGAAGACAUUCAUGAAGAAUAUUGAGUUCAAUACAUAUCAAGGCUUAACACAUAGCUCAUCUGAAGCAGAGCUUAAAGAUAUGAAAGCUUUCAUAGAAAGGACUUUGCCAGCAGUCAAAUGAGAUAUUUACUUAACACGCCUACAUUUAUAUUUUAAUGAUAAAAUGGAAUAGAUACAUAAUAGUAUAAUGUAAAGCUAAUUAAAAUAUUAUAAUUAUAAUGAACAGGGUUACUUGUAAAACCACCAGCAGCAGCAACCUCGCUGUUCUAAAUAAGUAGUCAUCAUAAAAAACGUUUGCCCUUCGAGUUUUGACAAUUACCUUCAUUUUAUUUUCUUACAAAAAUCAUACAAUUUAUAUAAAUAAUUAGCACACGUCUUCGUCCGCGUAAUUCGCUUCGCCGCAUUCCCGAGGGAAAAUUUCGCGGGCAAAAGCUUAUAAAUGCGAAAGUAAGUUUGUCUAUUUGUUUGUUACCUCAUCACGCGUUAUCUACUCACCCAAUCUUCUUGAAAUUUCGCAUAUAUAUAAUUAAGAGAUGGAGCCUUCUCCAUCUCUUAAUUACCCCCAUGUACCCUACUCUUGCAUGAGGUACUUUUGAUCCCGGAAAAAAAUCCCGUGGGAUUUGCGAAAAACCUGUAUUUUCUUAUAGAUGGCGCUAAAUGCGCUGAGUGAAUUUUAAAUCAUAAUGAAGUAAAAAUUUUUAGCAGAAAGGAAGAUUAUAGCUAGGAGACGUCCGCUAAGAAAGAAAUUGUGAAUUUUUUCCCCUAAAGGGGUGUAACAAAAGGGGUGUAACAAGGGUUACAAAAUACUAUAUUACCCUUUAGGCGCGAUUGGUCCAAUUCACCUAAUUCGCGAUUGGUCUAUUUCGCGCUUGGUCCACUUCGCGGUUGGUCCAAUUCGCGGUCGGUCCAAUAUAAACUAUUUCCAAAAUUAAAUAAAAUUAUACAUGUUUCUUUAAAUAUAUAUAAAUACAACCGCGAAUUGGACGUUUUUUGGAACGCGAUUUGGACCAAUCGCGCCUAAUUUUAUUGAAUACGGAGAAAUAAACUGUCUCCGAGUAAACAGCUAGUAUUUUCAUACAAAAAUGAAUAGUAGGUAUUAGGCGGGGUACUGAAGCGAGGGUGGUCGCUCACGCAAAAGCGCAACAUAGGCACACGAUUUUCGGGAAACUCGAAAAAUUAUUAUGAAUGUUUUUAAUCUAAUUGUGUUAAGUAAAAACUUGUUAAAAAUGAAAGUCGUUGCUGGUGUUUUAAAAAUAACUUUGUAUAUUGAACAGAACACUACUAUCAAUAAUUAAGAAGAGGCGUUUAGGUACCUACCUGCAUGGUAAACGAUUUUCAAGUUGCUAUUUAUUAAAUUACAUAAUAUGAAUUCAGUCUGUUAAGCUAAAGUAGAAUAUAAUGAAGUACAGAAAUAUUUAACACA